UUUCUCAGCCAGUCAGCCAGCCCCCACCAAGAAGAAAAAACGUAAAGGAAAAAAAUUAAAAAAAAGGAAAGCUCGUCUCUUUCUCCCUUUUUCCCCCUUUGGCCUUUCCCUUUUCCAUAUGGGUUUUGUUGGUUGUUGUGUCAGCCAGCCUUCCUCAAAGCUUUCAGUUGCACAAUAACCAGCAGUAGGAGCAGCUCUUGUUCUUCUACUUCUUCUUCGUCCUUUCGUUUCGAGUCCCCAGCAAAAAAAUGGCAGCUGAUGGAGGAGUACCUCCUUUCAAAGAUCCAGCUAUCAAGCUAUUCGGCAGAAAGAUUGCUCUCCCCGAUUCCCAGAUUCCGGCCAGACCUGAACUCAAGACUAAUAGCUGCAACAAAGAUGAGAAAACAAACAUGGAAAUUGAAAGCCCCUCAAGUGAAUGCAACUCUAAGGAGCCAGAUCAGUCCUCAACGUUUCAAGAAACUGCAGAGAGAGGUAACUGCGAUGGACAAGUCAAGGAGGCACAAAAUGGUUCUAAGGAUGAUCAGAUGGAGAGCAGCAGUGAUCAAGAGAAAGCCAUGAAGAAGCCAGACAAGGUGAUCCCAUGCCCUCGCUGCAACAGUUUGGAGACCAAAUUCUGCUAUUUCAACAACUACAAUGUCAACCAACCUCGGCAUUUCUGUAAAAACUGCCAGAGAUACUGGACAGCAGGUGGUACGAUGAGGAAUGUUCCCGUUGGGGCUGGACGAAGAAAGAACAAACACUUGGCCUCACAGUACCGCCAGAUAAUGGUCUCUCAUGAUGGUAUGUCUGUUACCCGGGUGGAAACUCAUGAUCAGCAGCCUCCUGAACCUGCAACUGCUUCGAUGUCUUGUUCACCCAGCAAUGGGAUGGUCCUCAAGUUUGGUCCAGAACAAGCACCGCUUUGUGAAUCGAUGCAGAACGUGAACCUUGGUGAUGGAGGAGAUACAACGUCAUGUGGGCCGCCUUCUAUGGACGAGACGCCAGAGAACGUCGAGCAUAAAAAAGAUCAAGUUGAUUCAUCAGCACAUUCCAAAGACCCAAAUAGCUCAGCAGCACAUCAUCAUCCCAUGCAAUGCUUCCCUGUGGCACCAUUGAUUGUGCCUUGGAGUUGGAACAGUGUGGCUUCCACUGAUCCAAAUCAAGUCCAGUGGUGUCCUACUCCACCUAUGUUGGCUGUACCUGGUUUCUCGCCACCUGGGGUUCCUUUGCAUUUUCUUCCUGCUUCAUAUCUAAGUUGUAUGCCCGUGUGGCCUAAUGGUUGUCACUCUCCAUCAUCUUCUAGCACAAGCUGCAGCUCAGGGAAUGGAACACCAACCCUUGGCAAGCAUUGUAGGGACACGAGUCUUGAUGAUGAAGAGAAGGUGGAGAAGUCAAUAGUUAUUCCAAAGACACUCCGGAUUGACGACCCAAACGAAGCAUUGAGGAGUCCUCUAUGGUCUGCAUUAGGUCUGAAACAGGAACCGGGUGUGCUUGUGACUAAAGGUAGCAUCUUUAAGACCUUUCAGAGCAAAGGGGAAGGGAAGGUUCCUGUUCAGGAAUCUGCUCACAUACUGGAAGCUAACCCGGCUGCUCUUUCACGUUCUCAAACAUUCCAGGAGGGUAGCUAGAAUGGAUAAGGGUUCUUUUUUCCCCCCGCACCAUGGAGUUUUGCCUUACCCCACCCUCAGAAGGAGAAACUUCUCUGGCUUUCUUUAGUUUACACUUGAUGAUUUGUUCCUCCAUGAAAUAAACCAAAGGCUGUCAUUUUGUGGUUAACUCAGCCUCUUUACAGGAGCUGACUUUGUAAAUAGUAGAAGGUGAAGAGAUGGUUCUGUUGGUAUGCUCUCUUUUUCUCUCCAUAUCCAUUCUGUUGAUUCAGCAGCAAGAAAAGAACUCAUUUUUAUGACUGGUUGCUUCCUCUGUAGGAUCAAAACCAACUUUUCUUGGAGCAUAGCUUUAGAAUUCUUAACAUAAUACCGAUCAUGAUUUCCAAGCUUCGAACAUGAGACAUCUGAUCGAAGUUCAUGUUCUUGAGAUAAAGCAGAUUCAUGAUUAGCAUUAGUGUUAUGCUUAAAGACUUUUGAGUUGGGUUGAUUUAUGUGUAAAGAAAAGAGCAAAAGUAGAGCUCAAAGAUGCCUUUCCUCCUGCCACCAAUUUCAGGAUGGAGAGAGUGGGUGGUGUUGUUCACCCUUGUAAGUUGUAAGUAACCCUCUUAUCUUUUCUGAUCUUUUUGUGCCCUUUCUGGUUUCUGUCAUGAAUUGCCUCAGCAAAGUUUUGAACUUUGCCUGUGUUCCGUUCUUUGCGCAUGAAAAGAGGUUUUGAGGAAUAUAGGCCGAUUUAGUCUCCCAAACUAUGUGCAGUGGCCAGUGAGUCACCUCACGGCCCCAUUCAUGGAGGAUAAAAGGAAAAAGGCUGUCAAAGAAAAGCACUACUCAAAUUGAUCAAGUGCUUUGCUUUACUUAUCCGUAUCUCAUUUGGAAAAGUGAGGCAGCGACUUUUGCUUUGUAGUAAAGGCCUUUUCCCAUG